UAGUUUAGACGAAAUUCUCUUCGAGUUUCUCGUCAUCGUUUCGCAUCAUCGAUCGAAUAUUUAGAAUAGGGAAACGAUUAAUCGACGAGACACACGUAGAAGGAAGAAAACGACGAUAUAUGUUUUAGAUGGAUAAUUCUGCGUACGUACCGAAUCAUCUACCGCCGCCGUCUCUGGUCGUGUUCUCGCAGGCCGGAGGGUUGCCUGAGGCCCUGAGAAUGCAAAGACCCUUCAAUCCACAAGUGACCGACUCGAAGGAUCUGCAGGUGCCCUUCAGCACGGCGGCGUCGCUGGGCUACGGGUUGCAUCACAUGCUGCAUCUGCCACCGCAGUUCCUGCACCCGCUCGACCAUAGACUACCCUUCGGUGGCUUCCGGCCCCUGGUGCCGUCCGCGUUCGCGCCCCCCAGCAAGUGCCUCAAGGUCGAGACCGGGAACGGCGCGGUGCCGGGAAACGGCGGCCUGCCCAGCAUCGGCUCGCUCUCGAGCAUGUCGAACAUGUUCUCGCCCACGUCCCUGCCGGGCGCGGGCGGUGGCACGGUGGUGUCCGUUUCCGGUGCGGCGGCCGCCGCGGCCGCCGCCGUCGCCGCGGCCGGCCAGGAAGUCGGCGGACCACAGAGUCCGGCUGGUUCCGCGAGCCGCUCACCCACUGGUACCGCCGGUACCGGUUCCGUACCGAAUCGCGGCGCAACUCCCGAUGAAGAGGAUCGCGACGCCAACGCCACACCCGGAUCCGAAAACACCGAGCGAUCCACCCCGGAGGAGGGACGACCGUACAGACUGGGGCCUGUGUUCGGGGGCCGAUGCGGCGCGGAGGCGCUCGGUCUGGGGCUGGGGCUGUCGCCGGGCCCGGCCUACAGGUUCGCUCUGCCCCCGGGACUCGCUGCCAAGACCACCCGCUGCCUUGUAUUCGACCAAGGCAAGAAGAAAUUUCCCUCAGAUCCAUCUUGCUGCCCGGUAUGCGGAGUGACAGUGAGGCCUCAAGAAUUAGAACAGCACUUUGCUCAAGAACUUGAUCGACUGUAUAAGGUUUCUACAACGCCUUCAAGACCUCGAUCUGCGAGAUCAACCUUGCCGCCGACGCAUGCCCAAGAUCAUCCUCAUGGCCCGAUGCUGCACGCCCCAUCGGCGGCAGACGGUACCCCUCAGGGUAGAUGGGAGACGUACAAGAGAAUUAAGGCCAAUAGACAGGCUAGAAUACGCGUUAAGAAUCGGAAGAGAAAAGCGGACGAGGCAUCCUGUCCGGUUUGCAGCGAGAGAUUAUCUGGCACCCCAGAGGAAUUGAAUCAGCAUGUCGAUCGAUGCUUGAAUAAGCAGAACAAUGGGAACCCGGCCGGACAAAACGCGAAUCUCGACGAGGAGGACGUCGACGUCGAGGGUGAUGCCGAGACCUUUGAGGAAUACGAAUGGGCCGGUCAGAGAAGAGUGCGUGCCUCUUCUAUGCUCGUCGGUGGAUUCUCCGCCGCAGGUCUCGCGACUUCCUCGAGCAAUCGCUCCGGCAGCGGCGUCGGGGGCGGGGGCGGAGGCAGCAAUCAGGAGGACGAGGACGUAGACCUCGUAGUCGACGGCGACGAUGCCGCUGAGUUCGGCCCGGCUCAAUAUUCCGAGGCGGACGUGAUCGCGCCGCGAAUCGACGGCACGCCGCGCGAACAAAAGGAACGGGACGCCCUUCGCGAAGCCGUCAUUUCGCCAAACGCGCCGCACACGCCGCAACAGUUGACCCCGGAUUCCGGACUAACUGGCCUGGUCGAGGUGAAGCCGGAACCGGGCACCACGACACCCGUCGGUCAGCAGAACGAUCCCGAUGAAGGCGCUUCUGUGUCGCCCAGGAGAGACGGCGACACGCCAGUCAUGGAGGCACUUCGCGGCCGAAUCCGCGAGCUCGAGGCCGAGAUGCGCGGGCAACUCUUUAAGUGUCUCAUCUGCAUGGAACAAUAUAAGAAGCCAGUCACUUCGGUAUGCUGUUGGCACGUGCACUGUGAGCAAUGCUGGUUGCAUACGCUGGGCGCGAAGAAACUCUGUCCGCAAUGCAACAUGAUAACGUCGCCGUCUGAUUUGCGGCGCAUCUAUAUGUGAAUGAGUCAGCUCGACAUCCCUGUGAGCAAUCCGCGGUUCAAUCGGAAUUCUCGGACAAUGUUAUCAGCGAGCGCGUCUCGCUCUUGUAAAUACUUGUAUAUUUCUUUGCGUUACGUAAAUUAACUCUUUAGGAUUAAUAUGUACGUUUAUGCAUCAUAGAGCUAGUAAAUUAACUUCGUUAGUUCUUAACAAUCGUCAACACCGAGCGUCGCUCUAAGAUCAUCCGAUACAGUCUUGUGCAUUUCAAUAAUUAUCGCGACCGUAAUCAUUUACACAUUUCGCCGUUCCUUCCGAAAAGUUGUGAUGUUCGCCUUCGUUUUUACACGUUUUUCUUCCAUACGUAUUGUCAAAGGCGCGAUUAUGAACAAUUUCUUAUCGUAAUGUCAAUUUGACGAUGCAUCGAUUUGUUCUCGACGACUUUUACGAUUCUGUCAAAAUAGGAUAUAUUCCGUUUUGAUAAUGAUUUUUUAAUUUUUUGCUUUUUUGAUACUUUAAAUACUUUUGCGAUAAUGACUCUUGUUAUGUUCACAAUCACGAAUAUAUUAAAAAUACUUUUUUAUGUAAUUCCAAAUGUAAUUUAUAAUUCUUUGAGCGUCAGCAAUUACAUCACAUUGUAUUAUAAACUUUAUAUAUACACCUGGAUUAACGAAUACAGGUCUCAUUGUUUGUUAAAUACAUGGUAAAACUAUCAACCGAUCUUCAUCGACGAAAGUCGCGCGCGUCAUACGCUCUACAAUAUCUUCGUUUCACAAACGAGAUUUUACAGAUUCUUAAGAUUACGCGAAAGGACGACGCGAAAGAAAGCCGAUCGCUAUGAUAAUCUUCCUUUAUAAUGUGUUUCGGCAAAAUUUUUACAUAAAGUUUUCUUUCGAGCGAUCGGCCUUUGACGCGUCGGCCAUUCGGUAUAAUUAUACCGAAACUUUUAGAUCAUCGCUAAACCAGUCUCUCGCGAUGCACCAGCGAACUAAUGUAAAUACACUAAACGGAUCAAGAAGAGAAAAGUAAGUCCCCCGAUCGCUGUUCUGUAAUCGAAAUAAACGAUCAUGGAAUGUACAAUUA